AUGUCUUUGUUUCAGGCUGCUUUGUCAAUGGUUCUGGAGAUGCACCGACUGUCAUCGUCGGCCGUGCAGAAGUUCAUGUCAGAUGACAUCAGGAAGAGGUCGUCUGAGCAUACUUCCGGAAAUGACUUGGAUUUUGGCAUUUCAGGGUUUAAUUUCCCACCGUCGCAGUUCCAAUUGCAUCUGCAACAUAUGCAUCCCCCCUUCUUGCCCUUCCAGUACUACCAGCUGCUGGAACACAACCACUUCACCAAGGACAGAUUCUUCCCAUUAGAAUACGUAGUCGCAGUGCUGGCUCUGGACUCGCCCUAUGAGGUGACUGAGACAACGGACAUCCGGGACAUUAUAUCCUACUACAAGACUAUGGGUGUGGACUACGAUAAGGUGCACACGACGGCCCUCGAAAAGUACACCCGACUCCACAGAGAG